AUGGCGUUUGCCAACUUAAAUGGCUAUCCCAAUGGUUCUGACGUGGCUGGUGAUGAGAAUCAUGACUAUAACGAUGUUCUGGGCGCUUUUUCACGUCAGGAUCACUUUUCAUAUUCUUACCCUUUUGGCCGCAUUGGAUAUUCCGGGACAUUUGCGCUGCCCUCUGCUUCCGACGGAGGUCUGUUCUUGACCUACUCGGGCCCCAUGGCUGAUGAAGCAGAGCCAGUGCAAUUGAAUGAUGAGGUCUUCAAUCCAUCAGAUCCCUUACGUCUUUCACAGGGGGCUGAUAUGCCCAAGUCCCCUGACACCCAAACCGACCAAAAGGCCAAGGAAAGGUCCUGUCCAGCCACACAGAACCCAACACCUGCGAGCACUCGGAGACAACACAGACCUCGAAGACAGAAUUGCUCGUGCGAUCCAUGCCGUUCAGCGAAAAGGGCCUGCGAUUUGCCUCCCAAUGUCACCCUCUCAAACAACAUUCCUUUAUCACCUUGUUCCAUGUGCGAAUUACGGGGCACUGUUUGCACAGUUGCAUGGCGGGCGAGCAAGAAGUCUUCCUUUAAAACCAAGAAGUCUACGUCUUCUGCUAAGAGUCAUUUUAACGACCAUGACACUGAUGUUAUCAACGACGAUGGUUUCUCGCCUACCACUGCAACAAGUCUGUCAAGCCAUGACUGUACUCUAGUUCACCGUACGAUGGCUUCCCAGAUAUGCUCUCAGAAGUUAGGGGUAUAUUUUGACAUUUUUGAUAUUCCAUUGUCGAGAAUUCUUUCAGAGAAAUGCGUGCCUCCUUGUUACUCUCUGGGCAUCGCUGCCUUAACACCACUGAGACACAAUACACAACUAGCCGCACGAUUCAACCAAACUGAAUUGGGCAUCAUGGAUUCUUGGGAAAUGGGAACAUUUUCAAGGCAGCCAACUUCUGCUACGUCACGUCUAUUUCUUACAGCUAGCAUUCUUGAUUUGCUGUUUCAGCGUCCAGAUUCUCGUUCUGGAUAUGGGCGAUUAUCGCGCGAUGUUGCCUUGACUGAAACGCACAAGUGGGUUGCCAUUGCGGCCGGGUCACAAUUUAAUAUCAACGACAAUGGCUCCGAGAACGAAGAAAAAAUUGUCCAGCAAGCAAGAGAUAUGGCAUAUGCUACAUGGUCCAAGGCGAAACAAAUGGUGUUCGAGAACAUUGCAGCAAGCAAAUCCUUCCGUCUAGGAUUGUCGCUUCUCCUCUUUGGAACAAUAUUGCCACCUACUGGGAUGGAUCGGAGCCGUGAUUUCAAAGAGGACGCUGCUUAUACAUUGCAAGAAGGCAUUCGUCGACUAAAUAUACUAUGCGCCGAGGCUCGGACUUGUCUUCAAGGUAGUGAUACCCGCUCUAGUAUUAUUACGCCCUUGAUGGGCCUGCAUCCGCCCGUGAAAGAGCAGUGUCUAUUUCAAAGCCUGUCCCUAGAAGCUCUUGAUAACGUUUUAGAGCUGAUCAGAGCUUUUGAAUGGCUUGUUGAGAUGUCACGAGGCGUAGCAAUCGCCCUUGUCCCAUUUCCAAGUUUUCUCAUUGCACCGCAUUUUGAUAACUCCAGUGCCGGGAAUGCUCAUUUGGAAGAGGGAAUAGCUCAGGAUUUGAACGUCAAAAGCGUGGAUAAUGUACAGAAUCCGAGACCAGUAGAUGGUGCCAUUAUUGCGCGGAUCGAGGGAGUGGCCGAGCCAGUGACAGUGCUUUGGACUCAAGGCUCCGCGGAGCAACUUAUACAGAGUGCUUUGCUCGAAUCAGCGUCUUUCGUGGUCUUAAUGUGGAAAUCACUUGCUCGCUUGACUAUAGAGACUCAAAACGUGGACACCGGUCAAGUCAACUAUACAGAGAUUCACCAGCAUUUUAAAAGGAUGAUAUUGCUCGUUGAUCUAUGGAGAACGACCUUUGGCAAGAUUGACUAUGACUCGGCUAUGAGACUGCAGCUAUCCAAACCCGAUAUAAGGCGUUGUGUGAUUUUCUGCGCUACUGAUGGCGACCUAGCUGUCCUUCUCUUUUAUGAGCUUUCUUUUCAUCUCCAGAGUCAUCUUGCGAACCAGCCACUAUCGUCAGGAAAUUGCCUCCGCGAAAAACUAGAGCUAACCAAAAACUACCGGGAUAGCCAGCGAAUCACAAGCGCUAUGCAAAUCUCCUAUCUCGCUUCAACGAACCAUGGAGUCUCAAGCCCUGGCUUCCAAGGAAAACAUGGACUUAAGGCAAACAUCGAAGACAUUCGGGCGCACCCUCAUCCUACUAUGGUGGUGCGGGCAUACCAACUAGCCGCUAAGGGAUUGGCACAAGAGAUUCAGAGCUCCGUUUCGGCGGUAGAUAUAGAACGGAUUUCAGACCUGUCUGCCGCUCUCCAAAGUUGUCUGCGGGAGCUGCAGGGAUUGCAAAGUGCAAUCGUUAUGUAUCCAACCACAGGAGGGGGUGAUGAGAGUUUAGAAUCCUAUUGA